GUGACGAUCGUUCAGUCCACACAUACGAUAUGGACGAACGCAUAUCAUUCAAUUAAUAUGUCAUUCCGGAGACUGAUUAGCGCGGUGCGGUCGGCCCGGGACGCGCUGACCCGUGGCGCACCAAUGGCGGACGGACUCAUCAAAUCUUUGAUAUCCCUGGUGGUCAUUUUUUGUAUUGCGGUGUCGUCUCCACCACAGGCGUCUGCUAAGCCGUUCUCCUUCAGUUUACCGGCAGGCUGGUCGCUGGCAGGGCUGGUGGGCACAGUGGGGGCUCGGUCCGAGGAUGCCGAGCGCCGGGAACUGGCCGGGGUGAAGCCCUACACGGGAAGAAGGGUCAGUAACGAGACGCUGCGGAUGAUAUACUACCAUGAUCAGACCGUGGCCGUGGUGGAACUCGGUCCUGGCAAAUUACUUCUUAACUGCGAGCUCAUCGAAACUUAUGACGAGGAUGACACGAGCCGCCUCCUCCGGCAGCUGAGCCGCAUCAAUCGUCCGCUGGGAGUCACCUUCCACCAGAUGAUCAAACUGAUGAGCCAGUGUCAGCAGGUGGAAGGAGUUGAAGGGUCUUUGGAGAUCGAAGAGAGUGGGGUCGCGGGCGGCGCGGAGGCGGGGGCGGCGUGGAGCGCGGGGGGCGGGGCGCGGGCCCGGCUGGACGCGGGCGGAGCCCACGCCGGCCUGCUGGGCGGCAGCCCGCUCACGCUGCUGCAGGGCAUCAUACCUGGUACAAAAUGGUGCGGAACGGGUGACAUUGCCGCUGACUAUCAUGACCUCGGCGCCGACCGGCGACUCGACCGCUGCUGUCGCACCCACGACCUCUGCCCCACCAAAGUCAGGGCUUUCUCCAAGAGAUACAACCUCACCAACAACUCCUUGUACAGUAAAUCUCAUUGCACCUGCGACGACUUGCUCUUUGACUGUCUUAAAACAACCAACACGUCCGCAUCGCACCUAAUGGGCCAUAUUUAUUUCAACUUAGUCCAAGUACCGUGCCUCGAGGACUUACCCGACGGCAGACAGUUCAGAGACGCCAAACAAGGCUUCUAGCGACAUCUAGCAGCGAGUAGCUAAACUGACUUUAGUAAGCGCCAUCUAGUAUCUAGUAGCGAUAAAUGUUUAUUUGUCAUUGCACUAUAAUUUAUAAUGAUGUUUGAAUGCAUUUAUAUAAUUUCAUUUGUCUUGUAAAUAUAUAUAAUUAUAUAUAUUGUUAUAUUAUGCAUAUUUUAUUGUUAUGGAUUCUAUUAAAAUAGAUAUCAAACUGUGAUAAUGUCUGUGCCUUUUUAAAUGUUAGAUGGUGGCGCUUUAUUAUUGUGAAAUAAAUAUGUUUUGUUUUAUUUCAUUACUCUAUAUUAAUUUAAUGUAAUAUUGACAACAAAUACAGUCAUGACAAUGAUAUGAUCAUAUACACUCAUACGGUACUCUAAGUUUACCACACUAGUAUUAAUAUUAAAAGUGUUUUAUAACUAAAUUGAAUGUGAGUUAGAUUAAACCAAAUAAAGUUAUUUAUUUUAAUAUAUUUUUUGCCG